AUGCACAAUGGACGCGAUCCUUCGGGGCAUCAUGAAAUUCCAGGGCAGCUGAAGGAUGCGCCGACUAAGCAUUCCUCAUUGAGGAGCUGUUGCGCUGCUACCAUAAUCAGCUUGCAGAUCCGGAUUGCGACAAUGGCAUUGGAUCUCAGCUCCAAGUGACGUACACUACAACCGAUCAACACACGCUGAACGCUGUGAUGGAGGUCCAAAUAGAAGGCAAACCUUGGCCAGCCAUGGAAUUGACCAAGACAACUUCAUCCCACACUUGCAGCUACUUUCCGCUUUGAUUCUCGACUUAGACAUGGCAACUUAUCAAGAGCUGCUCAGACUUCAGCCAUCGCGAGCCAGAGGAGACACGGUCACAAGCGAUCGAUCGAUCGGACUUUGACAAUUCUGAGCAAUCGAACCUCUCGCGAGAGACAACUCCACAUGAUGACGGCGAAUAUAACAACUACCGGUAUAACAAUCUCCCGGACAUCGAAAGCGAAGGUCUGGUCAAGGAACGAAAGUAUCGACUGUACAAACGACGCUGGUUCGGACUGGCAGAAUUGACUCUGCUCAACUUCGCCGUCGGAAGGGGUUAUGCAGCACCCGGCGUCGUCUCGAGUACUGCAACCGCAUGGUACGGCAUCAGCUUCGCGGAGAGCAACUACUUGAGCGUCGCAAGCUCGCUGGUGUUCAUAGUACCUGCGCCCUUCACCAUCUGGAUCCUCAAUCGAUGGGGACCCAAAUUCUCAAUCAUCGUUGCCUGCAUUUUUACCGUAAUCGGCAAUUGGAUAAUAUAUGGUGGAGCUCGCGCGCACAACUUCCCGGUCAACAUCUUCGGCACGAUCGUACAUUCUCUCGCUCUGCCUUUCAUACUGGCAAUGCCGACCAGAUACAGCAGGCAGUGGUUCGGGGACCGAGGGCGAACCCUGGCGACAGCGCUACCAUCCUUGGCAUAUGCGCUGGGAUCAGGAGUAGGAGCUCUCAGUGGGCCGUAUAUGGUGAAACCACUGGGUCCAUUCAGUACGUAUUUCUCCACACUGGCAUGUUAUACAACUUGGCUGACGAAGGACCAGACUACGAUGAGCAAGCUCUCAUUAUUGCAAUCGUAUUCACCGUAGCCGCGAUUCCCGCUCCGUUCCUACCCAGAGCACCACCGCAUCCCCCGUCAGCUGUCGCGGACGUCAGACGACUGGGCGGCCUCGAAAGCAUGAAGCUACUUCUCCGGAACCCAACUUUCUAUGUCCAGUUUAUCUCCUUCGCCGUCUUUGCUGGCGCCAUCGAUGCGGUCAUCACCAUCUCAAACCAGGCAAUACACCCUUAUGGAUACCCGCAGCAAGACGCCGGCUACGCCAUCGCUGCCCUGGUUUUCGUUGGCAUUGCUACGGCAAUGGUCAUCUCUCCCAUCCUCGACCGCACUCAGGCUCACUUGAUCGCCCUCAAGGUCAUCGUGAUCUUCACCGCGGCGGCAUACACAGCGCUUCCAUUCAUCCCCCAGACUCGCUCCGUGGCGGGACUGUACAUCAUCUUCGCUCUCAUCGGUGCAGGCUCGCUCUCUAUCGAGCCGUGUGUGCUGGAAUUCCAAGCGGCGUGGACGCAUCCGGUCUCGCCGGAAUUCUCGAGUGUUAUUGGAUGGUGUGGGGCGAAGGUAAUCGGAGCCAUCUUCAUCAUUGUUGCUGGGGAUUCGUUGGCGCUCAAGAAACCGCAAGAAGGACAGCCUGUAGGCUCUUUGUUUAAUGGGUUGAUUUUCAUUGCGGCAAUGUGCUGGGUCUGCGUGCCGUUAUCCCUCAUGACGGGUACGAUCAUCAAGCGACCAGCCGCCAGCGUGGUGGAGGGCAACGAUUAG